UCCCUCCCUCCAUCCCUCCCUCUCUCUCUCUCUCUCUCUCUCUUUCACCCGCUCCUUCCCUCUCGCUCGUAAGGAUCCAUCAGUGAGAAUGAGGAGACGCAGCUGAGUGGACAUUAACACACCCUGGACGCUGAUGACCUGCGGACGCUGCGACUGACAUUUCUCUACCUUUCUGCAAACACAACACAGCUCCACUCAGCACCAUGACCAGGAAGGUGUUCACCAACACGAGGGAGCGCUGGCGCCAGCACAACGUCAACACCGCCUUCGCCGAGCUCCGCAAGCUCAUCCCCACCCAUCCUCCGGAGAAGAAGCUGAGCAAGAACGAGAUCCUGCGUCUGGCCAUGCGCUACAUCACCUUCCUGGUGCAGCUGCUGGAGAGCCAGAGCGGUCAGCCGGCCAGCCACUCCCCCAACACCCUGCUCACCUUCCUCAAAGGAAACAUGGAGCAGCUGCAGUCACCUCCGCACACCUGGGCCCUGACCAGUGACACCGAAGCUCCGUCACCAGGAUCCAGCUGUGACAGCACGGAGGCCUGGUAGGAACACAUCGACGAGAUGAAGAAUAAACCUCCUGAGUGAACUCUGACCCGUUUCCUGGGUCUAAAAACUGAUCUGGUCCUUUCCCACGGCUCGUUUUUGUCCCCAUUUGUCACCUGUGUGUGACUCGUGUGUCAGAAGAUGCAAUACUGUGUGAUUUCUUUUUUGUUGGUGGACUCCAAAUGUGGGUCAGCCUCCUCGCUGAUCGGUGUAACGAUGUGAUUUGCAGGUGAAAAUUGAAUUUGUAUUCUGCAUGGAUGUGUAAACCCUGGAUGUACAAUAUUCCCUUCAUGUCUCCAUGUUAAUAUUCCUUGUUAGUUUUGCAAUAAGAGGAUGUUUUGCCAAUGAGGAAAAUGGAGGGGAUUAAGGAGUUUCUCAUUUAAAGCAAUAGAUUCUGCGAGGCAUUGGAACAGAUAAUGGCUCAGCCAAUUCUCCAGGCUGCAAUCAUCUCAAAAAGCCAAGGGCACUUUUAUUCAAAUCGACAUGCUGGGGUUUUUUCUUUUCUUGAGAAGACUAAAUCUGACCCCUUUUCAAUUAUCAAGGUUAUGUGACGUCUGAAGAUUCACUUCCCAGAAAGACUUUUCCUCUUUCUCUCAUAUUUGUACACAACAGUGUUCAGUGCUGGGUGAUUUGUGGUGUUUAGGAUUGGACUGAAGUCAAACUGACAAUCCUCCUUCAGUAAUUAUAUAAUUGACCGCACAUCUUCUCAAUUACACCUCUUAACGUUUGAGUUUGAGUUUUUUUUUUGUGAAAUGCACAUGUCAUAUGGCCAAAGAUUAUGAAUUGAUUGUCUACUGUGAAGAGUGUGCUAAUGAUCUUCUGAUACCUCUUUUGUAAGUUAUUCUGUUUUCCUGUGAAUAUACAUUGUUAUUUAUUUCAACUAUUUAUUUAUUAAAUGAUUUGUUAAUAAAAAAACCUUCCUGAA